CUAUACAAUUUUCCAACGUGGAAAUGUGAACUUUCUCGCUGUUCGGGUCACGAAAAUAUUUCACCAUAAUUUACAAACACCUGUGCGGUUUUGUUAAUUGAUAAUUCACAUACAAUGUAUAGUUUGAUCAAGUGAUACAGUUCUAUAGAUCACAGAUGCUUCUACGUUUAUUCUUGGAUUCCAAGGAUCGCAGUCCACGAAUAGUAAACAACGAUCAACAUGCGUGGAUAUUGGAGCUGUUUGGGGCUGCUGCUAGCACUUGUGCAGCUUUCAUAUGAGGCGGUAUUGGAAAACAAGGAUUACUAUGUAGCUGGAGUGGUAGAGUUUAAUCCAGUUAGUGUUAGAGAUAAUGGAGUAGAGACAAUAAGAAACAAUACCAAUUUGUACAUAAAGUACAUAGAACAAGCCAAACAACAGAAUGUUGAUAUUAUCGUAUUCCCAGAAGAUGGAUUGACAUCACUAAACAUGCCUGGCUUGUUAAGCAUGGAUUGGGCUACAGUGAUCCCUGCACCUGAAGAAAAAUAUGUUCCAUGCACAGGAAAUCGAAGUGGUGUUACACAACCAUUGAAGAAUAUAUCAUGUGCAGCAAAACAACACAGUAUGUACGUGGUUGUAAAUAUCGCCGAGCGUGCAACUUGCUAUCCUGCCGACAAAUGCUCUUACAAUGGAACGCGUUACCACAACACUCAGGUGGUGUUCGACCGUACAGGACAAAUAAUAGCAAGAUACCGCAAAGUGAAUCUCUACAUGGAGCAUCGAUUCCAUCCUGCUGAUCCACAAGAAGUCAUUACCUUCGACACUGAUUUCGGUGUGACAUUCGGUACAUUCAUAUGCUUCGAUAUAUUAUUCUCCGUUCCUGCUUUAAACCUAACAAGGAAUUUAGGAAUUUCUGAUGUCAUCUAUUCUGCCGCCUGGUUCUCCGAAGCACCAUUUUUAACGGCCGUUGAAACCCAAUUCGGCUGGGCCUACGCCGAGGACGUAAAUAUGUUAGCAUCUGGAUAUAGUCGGCCAGAAGCUGGAAAUGGAGGAAGCGGUAUUUAUUUAGGUCGUCAGGGAAUAGCCAAUGCGAUAUUUUCCGGUGAUCCCAAAAAUCGACUGUUGGUCUCCCGUGUUCCGAAAAAAGCUAUGAAGAAACCUCGAACGGAGUACAUACGGAGCGAUCCCUCGCAAUUCCCAGCGAAUGAUUACUACAGAGCUGACUCCAGACCCAAAAUAGUCAACGGAAUUGCUCUUUUGCAUGACAAUAUCUCAGCAUUCGAAUCUGUUCCUCUGAAAGGAUCGAUGAAUCAAAAUCUUUGCCAUCGAGGGUUCUGCUGUAAUUUUAACGUCACCGCGAAUCUCGUCGAUGCAACGACCAACUAUCGUGCCGUGAUUUACAACGGGAUUCGCUUUUACGGUAGAGAAGUAAAAUGCGGCAUUCGCGUAUGCGCUGUGCUACAAUGUUCGGACAACACGCUUGCUUCCUGUGGAUCCGUUGUCCCAUCAUCUAGUUCAUUUAGUAAUUUGGAAAUUACGACGACAUUGGAAGACUACACGCAAUUCCUAGCUAUGCCAUCUACAUUGCAUACUUCGUUGUUUCCGUUUGAACAGUGGACAUUCGACGACCAUACGGACGGGAAUCGAAAGCAUCUAAAACUUGCUUUGAACCAGGCGGCCUAUAAUAUUACCACGUUUGGUAUAUACAUCAGAGACUUUAACAGAGACCAAUGGAUCAUCACAAAAUCUCAAAGCGAUCUAUUUGCAAAUGAUGUACCUACGACCGGUGUUUCUGGAGCUAGCUCAUUUUCCGACGUUUCUACAAUCGUUUCAUUUUUAACAAUUUUAAUGACUUUCACAAUUCAUGUAAUAUCUGGGUAAUCAAAUUAAUUGGCACGAAAAGUUCCGAUUUAAUGUGUUCAGUACGUUUCUAAAUAAAAAAUUGCAAAACUCUGCAAUCUGCGCACAAAUUAUCGCCAAUUGAUACAAAAGACUUCACGGUAUAUGAAUGAUUUUCUCGAACACUGUAUAUACAUUGCACGGAAACGAACAGAGCAGCCAAAGAAUGGAAGAUCGAUGAAAAAUGUCGCUCGUUAAACUGUCAUGCACCGAUCUUUCCGUUGUGACGAUUCGAAUAUUUGGGAACUGGUUGAAUGCCAAUCACGUUUGUUCAAAAAAUCGGUACGCUCAUAGCGAUUUGCCACGACCAAAUUUCAAAGAAUUUCGCCGAAAGAAGCUUCAAGACCCAAAUGUGUCUGCAACGCGAAGCAACGAUGAACGAAGAACAGCAACCUACGCUGCGUCUUUCGGUACGUGUAUCAGAAUUAAAAAUUUUUCUAACGAAAAACAGCGAACACAUAAACGUGAUUAUAUUUGAAAAAACAUAUUUCGGAUGAAUUCUAAGAUAACAGUGUUAUCGUCUUGUACGUAACAAAUAAAUAUUUAUUUGUUUA